AAGUCAUGACUGAUUCCAGGUAUUUCACAACCAAUAAAAACGGAGAAAUAUUUGAACUAAAAGCUGAACUCAACAAUGAAAAGAAAGAAAAGAGAAAGGAGGCUGUGAAGAAAGUGAUUGCUGCUAUGACCGUGGGGAAGGAUGUUAGUUCUCUCUUUCCAGAUGUAGUGAACUGUAUGCAGACUGACAAUCUGGAACUAAAGAAGCUUGUGUAUCUCUACUUGAUGAACUACGCCAAGAGUCAGCCAGACAUGGCCAUCAUGGCUGUAAACAGCUUUGUGAAGGAUUGUGAAGAUCCUAAUCCUUUGAUUCGAGACUUGGCAGUCAGAACCAUGGGGUGCAUCCGGGUAGACAAAAUUACAGAGUAUCUCUGUGAGCCGCUCUGCAAGUGCUUGAAGGAUGAGGAUCCCUAUGUUCGGAAAACAGCAGCAGUCUGCGUGGCAAAACUGCAUGAUACGAAUGCCCAAAUGGUGGAAGAUCAAGGAUUUCUGGAUUCUCUACGGGAUCUCAUAGCAGAUUCAAAUCCAAUGGUGGUGGCUAAGGCUGUAGCGGCAUUAUCUGAAAUCAGUGAGUCUCACCCAAACAGCAACUUACUUGAUCUGAACCCACAGAACAUUAGUAAGCUGCUGACAGCCCUGAAUGAAUGCACUGAAUGGGGCCAGAUUUUCUUCCUGGACUGCCUGUCUAAUUAUAACCCUAAAGAUGAUCAGGAGGCUCAGAGCAUCUCUGAGUGGGUAACUCCCUGGCUAUCCCAUGCCAACUCAGCAGUGGUGCUUUCAGUGGUAAAAGUCCUAAUGAAGUUUCUAGAAUUGUUACCUAAGGAUUCUGACUACUACAAUAUGCUGCUGAAGAAGUUAGGCCCUCCACUUGUCACUUUGCUGUCUGGGGAGCCAGAAGUGCAGUAUGUCGCCCUGAGGAACAUCAACUUAAUUGUCCAGAAAAGGCCUGAAAUCUUGAAGCAGGAAAUCAAAGUCUUCUUUGUGAAGUACAGUGAUCCCAUCUAUGUUAAACUAGAGAAGUUGGACACCAUGAUUCGUUUGGCAUCUCAAGCCAACAUUGCUCAGGUUCUGGCAGGACUGAAGGAAUAUGCCACAGAGGUGGAUGUUGACUUUUUUCAAAAAGCUGUGCGGGCCAUUGGACGGUGUGCCAUCAAGGUGGAGCAAUCUGCAGAGCGCUGUGUAAGCACAUUGCUUGAUCUAAUCCAGACCAAAGUGAAUUAUGUGGUCCAAGAAGCGAUUGUUGUCAAGAUCUUCCGCAAAUACCCCAACAAGUAUGAAAGUAUUAUUGCCACUCUAUGUGAGAACUUAGACUCGCUGGAUGAGCCAGGUGCUCGAGCAGCUAUGAUUUGGAUUGUGGGAGAAUAUGCUGAAAGAAUUGACAAUGCAGAUGAGUUACUAGAAAGCUUCCUGGAGGGUUUUCACAAUGAAAGCGCCCAGAUGCAGCUCACUCUGCUUACUGCCAUAGUGAAGCUAUUUCUUAAGAAACCAUCAGAAACACAAGAGCUAGUCCAGCAGGUCUUGAGUUUGGCAACACAGGAUUCUGAUAAUCCUGACCUUUGAGACCGGGGCUAUAUUUAUUGGCGCCUUCUCCCAACUGACCCUGUCACAGCUAAAGAAGUAGUCUUGUCUGAGAAGCCACUGAUCUCUGAGGAGGCGGACCUUAUUGAGCCAACUCUGCUGGAUGAGCUAAUCUGCCACAUUGGUUCUUUGGCCUCUGUGUAUCAUAAGCCUCCCAAUGCCGGUCCCCCAGUCAAUGUGCCACAGGUGUCCUCCAUGCAGAUGGGAGCAGUGGAUCUCCUAGGAGGAGGACUAGAUAGUCUAUUGGGACAAUCCUUCAUCCCAUCAUCAGUGCCUGCAAGCUUUGCUCCUUCACCUACACCUGCUGUGGUCAGCAGUGGACUGAAUGACCUGUUUGAACUCUCCACAGGGAUAGGCAUGGCACCUGAUGGAUAUGUGGCUUCUAAGGCUGUCUGGCUACCUGCAGUAAAGGCUAAAGGCUUGGAGAUUUCAGGAACAUUUACUCACCGCCAAGGGCUCAUCUAUAUGGAAAUGAACUUCACCAAUAAAGCUCUGCAGCAUAUGACAGAUUUUGCAAUCCAGUUUAACAAAAAUAGCUUUGGUGUCAUCCCCAGCACUCCUCUGGCCAUCCAUACACCACUGAUGCCAAACCAGAGCAUUGAUGUCUCCCUGCCUCUCAAUACCUUGGGCCCAGUCAUGAAGAUGAAACCUCUGAAUAAACUCCAGGUGGCUGUGAAAAACAAUAUCGAUGUUUUCUACUUCAGCUGCCUCGUCCCACUCAAUGUGCUUUUUGUAGAAGAUGGCAAAAUGGAGCGCCAGGUCUUCCUUGCAACAUGGAAGGACAUUCCCAAUGAAAAUGAACUUCAGUUUCAGAUUAAGGAAUGUCAUUUAAAUGCUGACACUGUUUCCAGCAAGUUGCAAAACAAUAAUGUUUAUACUAUUGCCAAGAGGAAUGUGGAAGGGCAGAACAUGCUGUACCAAUCCCUGAAGCUCACUAAUGGCAUUUGGAUUUUGACUGAACUACGUAUCCAGCCAGGAAACCCCAAUUACACGCUGUCACUGAAGUGUAGAGCUCCUGAGGUCUCUCAAUACAUCUAUCAGGUCUACGACAGCAUUUUGAAAAACUAACAAGACUGGUCCAGUACCUUUCAAUCAUGCCGUGAUCGGUGCAAGUCAAGAACUCUUAACUGGAAGAAAUUGUAUUGCUGUGUAGAAUCUGAACACACUAAGGCCACCUAGCAAGGUAGUAACUAGUCUAACCUGUGCUAACAUUAGGGCACAACUUGUUGGAUAGUUUUAGCUUCUUGUGAACAUUUGUAACCACUGCUUCAGUCACCUCCCACCUCUUGCCACCUGCUGCUGCUAUCUGUCCUUACUUGUGGGCUUCUCCAUGCUGUACCAAUGGCUGGCUUUUUCUACACCCUCUUUUGAGUGUAGUUUGGUGUUUUGUAAUUGAGAGCUCAUUUCAAAAGCAGAAAAAGACAACAAAUAUUAAAGCAAGGAAAA